AUGAACAACGAAGGAGGAGACGGCGGCGGAUUCUCAUGGCUGACAGCGCUCGGGUUCGGGUUCCUGACCUUCAACUCGGGCAUGGCCAUCUACCGCUCCGACCGCGACCUCGGGUCGAUAGCGUUCGUGGCGGGGUCGUACGUGGACCUGGUGCUGCUCUUUCUCUGCCUCCGCCUGUUCGAGAUGACGCCGCGGGACUCGCCUCGCCGCGGGUGGCUCAAGGCCUGCGUCUGGGCGCUGACCACGCUGCUCACCGUCAUGUUCUCCCAGAAGGUGGCGGCCAUCAUGCCGGCGCCGGUGGCGCUCCUCGUGUGGGCGAUGGCGUUCGCCACCAUCGCCGGCGGCUUCUACGCCUUCUUCAUCCACCAGGACAAGACUGCCCUUGUGGAGGCGGCGAACCCGUAG